AUGCAACCGCAAAAGGUCUUCAUUUUCGGGGACCAAUCGGUGCCCAUUUUGGAUGCCUUGCAGACAACGCUCCUCAUUCGUGAUAACGCUAUCCUGAAGCAAUACCUGGACGAGGCUUUCCUAGCUUUAAGGCGUGAGAUUUCAACUCUUCCUGCUCAAGAACGCAGCAGCUUUUCACAGGCAGAAACCCUAGGCCUUGUGUUGGAAGAUGUGCGCAAGGGGCAGCACGGUGCAGCCCUCGACAGCGCGCUAUUAUGUCUCUACGAGAUCGCUUAUUAUAUCGAAUUAAUCUCCAAGCGAGGACUCCAACAUCCCCCAGAAUCCACAUCGUUCCUUGGUAUUUGUACCGGAUCCUUUGCUGCUGCCGCUAUAAGCUGCUCGAAAACGCUCUUCGAUCUCAUUAGUUCUUUUCCAUUGCUAUCGCGGCCAUACAUUGGAGCCGUCGGGCCCAACACAGUCACAAUCAGCGGGCCGCCUGAUGUUCUCCAACAGUUCCUCACGUCUGAAUUUCCUUCCACAAAAAAGGCCUUCCCUAUUCCUAUCCAUGGCCCCUAUCACUAUUCUCAGGGAUAUAAAGAGUCGGAUCUCGAGAGUAUUUUUGACACUGUCCUGGAAGGAGUUCAGAACCUUGAUCGAGAUGUUAAGAUCUCCAACAUCUCAUGUUCCUCUGGAUCCGUCAUGGAAAAGUCUACCUACGAAGAAUUGCUGAAGGAAUGCAUUUCUGGUGUUCUCACUCAACAAAUUCGACUUGACAAGGUCACCGCAGGGUUGAGUAACCUCCUAUCUGAUAGUGGGGACAACAUAUUCAUACCCAUCAACACACAAAUUGCACAGAGUUUAUCAGCUUCAGUGGAAAGAAGCGGAAAGAUUGUGCGGGUGGAUAACACUCCAUUACUGAGUAUCUCACCAAACCCCCCAGGCAGUGUGUCAGAUACCGACCGCGACUCUUCUCAAAUCGCCAUUAUUGGCUUCAGCGGGCGAUUCCCUGAAGCGGAUACUCUUGGUGAAUUCUGGGACUUGCUAGAACAAGGGCUGGACGUCAGCAAGCCAGUCCCGGCAGAUCGGUUCGACGGGGAGAAACAUUAUGAUCCUACAGGUCAAAGGAAGAACACAAAUCGAGUCACUAGUGGCUGCUGGCUUAAAGGGCCUGGUCUUUUCGAUGCAAGAUUCUUCCGCAUGUCCCCUCGAGAAGCUUGUCAGGCCGACCCGGCCCAGCGACUGGCCUUGUUGACUGCCUACGAGGCCCUGGAGAUGGCCGGUAUUGUGCCAGACCGCACUGCCUCCACUCAGAGGCACCGUGUUGGGGUGUUUUACGGGACAACGAGUGAUGACUGGAGAGAAGUCAACAGUGGUCAGGAUAUCGACACAUAUUUCAUCCCUGGUGGCAACAGAGCUUUCAUCCCUGGCAGGAUCAACUACUUCUUCAAGUUCAGUGGACCGAGUAUCUCGGUCGAUACCGCCUGUUCAUCAAGUCUUGCUGCUAUCAAUCUGGCAAUCACAUCCUUGUUGGAGCGGAAUUGUGACACAGCUAUUGCGGGAGGCACCAAUGUCAUGACAAAUCCAGAUAACUUUGCAGGUCUUGAUCGCGGCCACUUUCUCUGCAAGGAAGGAAAUUGUAAGACCUUCGAUGACCUGGCUGAUGGCUACUGCCGAGCAGAGGGAGUCGGAACAGUGAUUCUCAAGCGACUUCCCGACGCCAUCGCUGAUGGAGAUCCGGUAUUUGGAGUAAUACGGGGGGCACACACCAACCACUCCGCCGAGGCAGUUUCCAUCACAAGACCAUUAGCUGAUGCUCAGGAAUAUCUCUUCAAGAAGCUUCUCAACGAGUCAGGUGUGAAGCCGCAUGAUGUGAGUUACAUUGAGAUGCACGGAACGGGCACUCAAGCUGGUGAUGCUGUGGAGAUGAAAUCAGUCAUCAACACCUUCGCAAGCGACUAUUCUCGGAGACCAGACCAAACCCUUCAUCUUGGAUCAGUCAAAUCCAACACUGGCCACGGCGAGUCUGCCUCUGGCGUGACAGCGCUAAUCAAGGUAUUGUUGAUGAUGCAAAAGAGCAGAAUUCCACCACAUUGCGGUAUCAAAGGGACCAUCAACCAUGGAUUUCCCCUCGACCUCGACCGUCGCGGUAUACGAAUUGCGAUGGAUGAGGCUGAGUGGCUUCGUCCAGCAAACAGCAAACGCCGCACCUUUGUCAACAAUUUCUCCGCCGCGGGUGGAAACACAGCAUUGCUGCUGGAAGAUGCUCCCAUCUCGUCCCAGGUGCAAGGGGUAGAUGCUCGAAAAACCCAUGUGGUGACUAUAUCUGCACGCUCGGUUCAGUCUUUCAAGCGUAACCUGCUUGCUAUGGCGGACUUUGUUGGCGAUUCUACAUCCUUUGAGACCCUUACUCAACUCUCGUACACAACCACAGCUCGACGCAUGCAUCACAAUUACCGGGCUGCCUUUGCGACGACGGGCAUGCAGGAUUUGAAGCGCUCACUUCUCGCCAUGGCAACUGAAGAAGUCACGAAGCCUGUCCCCUCCAAGCUACCCGGGAUAGGCUUUCUCUUUACUGGACAAGGAGCUCAGUGCAGUGCUAUGGGCCGUGAGCUCUACUUGCAUAUUUCCUCAUUUCGGUCCGACAUUGACAGUUUUGACUGCAUUGCAAGGACUCACUCUCUACCUUCUAUCUUGCCACUGGUAGAUGGGAGUGUCGAAAUUGAAGAGCUCUCUCCUGCAGUCAUUCAAGUAGGCACUUGCAUCAUCCAGAUUGCACUGAGUCGCUUGUGGGCGAAUCUAGGGAUGAAGCCUGCAUAUGUCCUAGGCCAUAGCCUCGGCGAGUAUGCAGCCCUCUGCAUCGCCGGUGUACUCAGCAUUAGUGAUACCAUAUAUCUCUGUGGCUGGCGUGCAACCUUGAUUGAAAGCGGCUGCACGGCUGACACACACGGCAUGUUAGCUGUCAAAGCAUCCAAAGACCACAUACGACAAGUCCUCGCAACCAACCCGCUCGUCGAGAUUGCCUGUGUCAAUGGGCCUGAGGACAUAGUGUUGAGUGGACCUAAUGCUGACAUUGAUGCAAUCUGUUUGGAACUCGGCAGUCUUGGUUUGAAGUUUACGCGACUCCCUGUUCCUUUCGCCUUUCACUCCUCACAAGUCGAUCCUGUACUCUAUGAACUUCAAGCCAUCGCCCAACAUGUCAGUUUCAAACCCGCGACUUUGCCAAUCAUUUCCACACUUUCGGCUACUGUGAUCCAGCCCGGUGAGACCAUCGGCCCUGAGUAUAUCAGAAAGCACUGUCGCGAGCCUGUCGAGUUCUUGGCCGCUGUUCAGAUGGCCCAGCAAGACAACAUUAUCAAUUCUAGCAGCAUAUUCGUUGAAAUAGGAGCACAUCCUAUCCUUUCAAGAAUGGUAAAGAGCAUAUCGGGAUCGGAGACACGAUGUUUCCCUUCACUCCGCCGCAACGAGGAGCCGCUCAAGACACUCGCCGAAUCUUUGAGGACGCUGUACUUGGCAGGGGUGGCUAUAAACUGGGAUAGUUGGCACCGAGACUUCCCGUCCUGCCAAAGGGUACUCGACCUACCCAACUACUCUUGGGAUCUGGAGAAAUACUGGAUCCAGUACGAAGGUGACUGGUGUCUCACGAAGGGAUCUCCAGUGGUGGCUAUCCCUCCUACACCGGCAAUGAAGUCAACAAGGCUGAGUGACUCUGUUCAUGAGAUUGUGGAACAAGACGUGUCUGCUCAGCGAUCGCAAGAUCACCAGGUUAACGGACUGAUUCUUUGCCCAUCUUCUUUAUACGCAGAUAUUGCCUACACUUUGGGUAAAUAUGCGAUUGAGCUGAGAGGCUCAGAAGGGAAUGGCUAUGUCCCUGAUGUUUGCAACAUGUUGGUGGAGAAAGCUCUCAUUGUUCAGACUGCCAAUGCCCAGUUUAUUCGAGCGAGCCUUUCGGUGGAUUGGAAGUUGCUCCAAGGUGACAUGGAGCUCUACAGCGUUGACUCGCAGGGGAAACAGACAACUCGUCAUGCGACAUGCAACAUCCGAUUUCAACUCCCCGAAGUCUGGCAACAGGAUUGGCGCCGCAACAAGUAUCUCAUUCAGCGAAGCAUCAAGAAUCUCCUUCAAGGUCUAGAGGAGGAAACCACGCACAGAGUCCGCCGUGGCAUGGCGUAUAAGAUGUUCUCAUCCGUGGUCAAGUAUGGUCCAGGCUACCAGGGCAUGCAAGAGGUUGUGUUCGACAGUGAAGGCCUCGAAGCCACAGCCAAGGUACGCCUGCAGCCAGUCGAAGGAGGAUUCGUACUCAACCCGUUUUGGUGUGACAGCUUUGGACACCUCACGGGCUUUGUCAUGCACUCGAAUGAUGUAUUAGACUUGUCUGAGCACGCCUACAUCAACCAGGGCUGGCAGUUCAUGCGAUGUGCAGAGACCUUCUCAGCCGAUGCCGAGUACCGAACUUAUGUCAAGAUGCAGCGUGUCGGGAAGGAUGACUCGUCCUACUCGGGGGACGUCUACGUGUUCAGAGAAGGCGACAUCAUUGCCAUGUAUGGAGGCGUCACUUUCAACAGGGUCUCCAAACGAGUCCUGGAUAUGCUUCUACCCUCACCAAACAAGUUGGCUACGACGAGAUCAAAGCCAACGCCUCCGCCUGUCAAACAAUCAAGCCGCCCAAGUGUCCCAGAAGUGCCAGCCAGGAGCACGCAAGGCCCCCACUCUGUUUCCAUCUUCGAACAGGCUCUUGAAAUCAUCUGUAGAGAGAUUGGCGUCGACAGGUCUAAGCUGAGCGAAGACUCAGAGUUUGCCAACUAUGGAGUGGAUUCUCUCAUGUCGCUAACCAUCCUGGGCAACUUCCGUGAGUCUCUCAACAUGGAUGUGCAAUCUUUAUUCGACGAUUAUCCAUCGGUAAAGCCUCUCAGGCAAUUCCUUUCCGAUUCUCCAAUGAGCAGAGACGAGACCGUGGAUGAUAGCCCGUCCUCGAACGAGAGUGGAACGACAGAGGCCACUACACCAACUGUCAGUGAAGAGAAUGCAGAAAGUCUGAAGGUGGAUAGCGUCGAUGGUUCCAUCCACCUUCUGCUUACAAUCAUCGCGGACGAGAUUGGCAUUAGUAUCAAAGAACUGGCACGCGCUGACGACUUGGCUGAACUUGGUGUGGACUCUCUUGUCUCCCUUACCAUCCUCGGCCGAGCGCGGGAAGAGCUCGAUAUCGAUCUCCCGCAAGACCUUUUCUUGAACUACUCCAGUUUAUCAGGCCUCACCACUGCCAUUGGUGAAAUCCUUGGACCAAGAUUUGCAAAGACAAGCAUCCCACUGUCACACCCCCAAGCUACCUCCGUCAUGUUGCAAGGCAGAGCCGGUAGCCCGCAUAGUCUCUUCCUCUUCCCAGACGGGUCUGGCUCAUCAACAUCAUACGUGGGCCUGCCACCUGUAUCGCCAGAUCUGUGCGUGUACGGACUAGACUGUCCCUACGUACGAAACCCCAAAGACUUGAAAUGCGACCUUACUGCUUCCUACAUUGCCGAGAUCCGCCGCCGUCAGCCAAAUGGCCCGUAUAGCCUUGCUGGUUGGUCUGCUGGCGGAAUAGCUGCAUACGAUGCCGCUCAGCAUCUCGUGAACCAGGGCGAAACAGUGCAGCAUCUCAUCUUGAUCGAUUCUCCAAACCCCAUCGGCCUGGAAAAGCUGCCACCUCGCUUCUACAAGUUCCUCGAAAAGUCUGGCGUUUUUGGAGCCGGAGAUGGAAAGGCUCAGAGUGCUCCGGAAUGGCUGAUCCAGCAUUUCUUAGCUUUCAUCGACGCCUUGGAUAAAUACAAGCCAGUCCCAUUUAAAGGCCCUGUACCCAAGACCACUCUCAUAUGGGCUACAGACGGCGUCUGUAAGAACCCGACCGAUGUCAGGCCCGAGCCACAGGAUGACGAUCCCAAAGAAAUGACUUGGUUGUUGGAGAAUCGAGCAAACUUGGGGCCUAAUGGCUGGAAUCAGCUUCUGGGUGAAGAUAAACUUGCCAUUUUCUGCAUCGAGGAAGCCAAUCAUUUUACAAUGGUGAGGAAACCGAAUGCGAGAAAGUUGGUGGAUAUUAUUCGCACGUCUCUUGAUCUUUGA